UUUCGCACUUCGAGCAUCAGCUGGAGUGCUACUUUCAACCAAGGUCACGUGAGCAAAUUAAAUAUACCAUUAUGCACGAAGUUCGCGGCCUUGAAGUCAUUAUUUCCGGUUGAGCUAAUUUAAAGGACCCGUGGAUUCAAGAUCAUGUGUACUGCGAGUUGAGAGAUAAACUGCGACCCCAGAUAAGAGGUGACCGAACUGCCUCGAAUUCCGUUGCUCGAAUUACACCGCUGGUACAGGGGAGGGCUGCAGCCGACAAGGAACCUGGCAGGACCCUGGCCACGGUCAGCCCGAUACAGUUGGUUGACUCUUCUAUAUGGCCCGCGCAAGGGUGGCCGCGCCGAGGCAGAGCUAAUCGCGUUGUCACCACUCGACUUCCCCUUUAUCCCGCGCCUCGCUAUCACGUUGGAAUGAUUGGCGAAGGGAGAGAACCGAAGAAUCAUCUAGAUGUUGUCGCUCCUCCUCGCACUCGGAUCACUCGAGAUUUCGUCGAAAGACAGGAACUCGCCCUUAGGCACUGCAUUCCCAGGGUAGGUAGUCUCAGAUCAUGGACUACCAACUUCGGCUAUUCUCGGCAGAUGUCGUCCUAUGUCGUCCCACUUUCCUGGGUAGUCCCUUAUGUAACGCCGGAUGACUACUGUGGACUCCCACGUCUGAGGUUAUUCUUGACAUUCUAGCCUGGUCUAGCCCAGUUCGCGCCCACGGUAGUCCAAUCCCAUCUCACCCGGCGCCUAUUCAGCUCCCCGCGCCCUGCGCUCCUCAGUGGCUCCUAUGUAGUACCUUUGAUGACCCAGUGACACUUCGCUCGGACAUCAAUCUGAGAGCACGACUGUUGACAGUGGUAUUACGUAAGGAACAAAUGCCAAGAUGAGACGCUGAGAGAUGAGGGUGUCGGUAUCUGCCAUUGGCUGAUGCUGGUAGUCCACGGUGGUUCAUAGACAGACUACACAGGUAGCCCAGAUAUCGGUCCCGGGCGCCCAUGAUGUGGACCGAUAUAGGUAGCCCACGUGCGUCGACCUGUCUAGCCCAUCAUCGCCCACACUCGGCUACUAAUCGGUCCCACGCGCCCACGUGAGGACUACCUACCCUGGGAAUGCAGUGAGGGUAGACUUCUCUAUGGUCCUCCACCUAGGGGUUGCCAGACAAACCUUGAGCCGGCCUUGCCCAGGAUAAUCGUCUCGCUUUUGAGAGGAUGGCCCAUGUAUUUACACUAUGUCUAAGUUCUCUCAGGAAGAAGUCAGUCCACAGAGUGGGGGUAUCGCAGCACACAAACACAAGCCGCAUCGUGUUAUCGGACGAAACCCCUCACAUAUACUUUAUCGUGCGAAGAGACAUGUACACCAUCAGUGCUGAUAGGUGCUGGCGCGAUGCCAAGUGCACUGGAUCACACAUGCCCGGCGCCAUCACCGGACUGCGUUGUUCCCAAAACGGAAAUCUCAUCCCGAAAAGGAAGGAGGUGAGUUCGUCGUGACGUCGCGUGUCAACAGGACAAGGAAACGGCCGUAUUCGGACGUUUCCUUGUCUGGGGGGGUUUAUCAACUGGAGUGGAGCGUCCCAGUCUUUAUUGUUCUCCCCGAAUUGGAACCAGUCGAGUCACUCAUCCCUCAGCCUCCGAGCCGUUCUCCUGCGAUACCAUCGAUCCAUCAGUCACCACAUAUCAUCGAAGAUGCACUGCAAAUUCCUCGCCACUCUUGUCCUGUCGAUUGUUGCCCUGACUGUCUCCGCGGCACCGAUAUCUGCGGACUCUGUCGACCCGAGUGCUGAGGCUCGCGGGUUUGCACCGAUCCAGCCCAAGUCGACGGUGGUCGAGGAGGAGCGCGGAUUCACCCAAAGCCCUGGCACCUGCCUUCGUCUUUUGGCACUCGAGCUUGCGCUCGUGCACUGUAGCUCUAUUUCGGUCUUCCUUUCCCCUUCGUUCCCUAUACGCCCGGUCGCACACAUCGAAAUACCUGAAGGCCUGCCAAGCUAUCAAACGUCCUCCACACAUCUCAUGUCAGACGCGCUCGUCCAGCCCCCUCCGCUUGACAUUCCACCCACCGUCCCCGCACACUCGUCCAUCGCAACGCACAACGACCUGUCAUUCAAUCUGAACAUCGACCGCGCGUGCCACUGGAUCGCUUUAUCUCUGCAGCCUGCGAGCGCGCAAUCGACUGCUGAGAGGUGGGCAGAGGGGAAGCGGCAAUACAAGGAUGAGGGCCAAUCAGAGAGCCGCAAAGUAGAGCAGAGCGCACAGGGGGGACAUGUGCGACAGAAGAAGGGUCGAUGCAGUUGA